AUGGAAACUGUAAAUGGUAUUUUCGAAGAUAGGAUAGAAGACUUGUUUAGUUAUUGGGAGUGAAAUUCUGCUAUCUGUUCUUUCUUCACACUGUGAGAUACUCAUACUGAAGACAUGCAUCUUGAUGUUACCUUUCUAAAUAAUCUAAAAAAUCUAAAGACAAGCAGGUCUAAAGACGAGGAGACUGCGCAUCUCGGGACCGUCCUCGUCUGUAAGAAGAAGUGUGUCUUCCCCCGGUUGUGGCUCAUUGAACAAAAGUCGCCACGUUCUCCGCCGACCCAUGCACGGUGGGUGGUUUCGCAUAGAGCUCACACGUGGUCCGUCGGCCCUCUCUUCGCCAGGAGAGACUCUUCUGCGGAGUCUAAACUACAGCAUGCAGGAAGUCUCCUGUGCCAGCACGUAUCGAAGUGCGACUUGUGAAGUGCUGAGAAUACCACUAGGCGUGACGAAAUCUGAUGAUGAUCCGGA